CGCCCGUCGCUGUGACCAUGACACAGUGCGAGUUCUGCGGCAAGGAGUUCAACAGCACCUACCUGAAGACGCACCAGGAAGCGGUCCACAAGCUUGCAGAUCCCAACACUCUCCUUACGUGCGAGUUCUGUGGAAAACAGUACCACAAGUUUCAGAAAAAGCACUACCUGUCUCACCUACAGGUCAAACACUUCAUGGACAAGGAGUUCAUUUGUACUGAGCCCCUGUGCGGCCGGACGUUCCUGCACCAGCGCGGCCUGCUGCGCCACGUGCGCAGCUUCCACCAGCAGACGGUGCCGUGCGGCCUCUGCCCGGAGGGGUUCGCGUCGCUCUGGAAGCGGGACAAACACCGCGCCGAGGAGCACGGCCAGUACGACUUCGUCUGCGAGGAGUGUGGGCUCAAGUUCUUCCGGCGGGCGGAGCUGGAGAUCCACACGCGGCGCGUGCACACGCUCCAGCUGCGCUACCAGUGCUCGGCCUGCAGCCACCGCAGCGAGGAGCGCCGCAAGCUGCUCAACCACGAGCACGCGGCGCACGGGCUGCACGUGGCGCCGCUGCCGGCGCACAACCCGGCCGGCCAGCUGGGCUACCCGUGCCCGGCGUGCCGGGCCGUGUACGGCUGCGGCCUGGCCGUCAAACAGCACGCCUGGGAGCAGCACCAGAUCAAGCUGAACAUCUACGGCAGGCCCAAGAACCCGGCCAACAAGCUCGACUUGGCCGCCGCUGCAGCCACCGCGGAUGCCAUCGCACAGAUCACGUGAUUCCGCGCAGUCAGAGGCACGUGCGUUUGCGGGCAGGGCUGGCAAAUGCGCGACGUUGUGUCGGUGCCAUACCACGUGAAGCGCUGAAGUGAUGUGGUGAAGACGACGGCGCCAGAUUCCGCUACGCGACUCAGUGGGAGGACAGCAGGUCAUUCACGUUGUAUGUUGCAUGUUGAGGUGUCAUUCCCCGCCCUGCUUGUUCCUUUGCGGUAAUUAUUGAAAUGACAGGGCGGCCGUCAAUGUGCGGCAUGGGUUUUCUGUAUUUGUACAGAGAGAAUGUGUCUUUCUUCGUGAAUUCGUCCCACAACAGCUAGCGACGGAAAAACAUUUGCCAUAUGAUCGUCACGGUAACGAGAACGACAGCACUUUGCCUAGCGUGGCAGGCUUUUUUGCUUCUGAUGUAUUCGGCGCAGAGAAACAAACGUUUCGAUGUCGCGUUAUCUGCUUUGCGCUAUCGAGCUUGGCAUCAGGGAUGGAAGCAGAGGCGAAAUAUUGGUGGGGCGAGAAUAUCGUGGCCUAGGAACCCCAUGUACGACAGUGGGCUGGGUUGAUCUCGUUUGUGUACAUUCCCGUGUAGGGUUGGGUCCGCGAAAUUCGCUGGGGGGG